UUGCUCCACAUUCUAAUAGUUAAAUGUCAAUUCCAAAUUCCCUUAAAUAAAGUUUGGCUUUGGGGGGGGAGUGGGCAGAUUCAGAUUUGAACGUGGCCUCUCGACAAAGAGUUCCCUCAGACCUAACCAGCGCCUGACCAGACAGAGACUUCAUUAGAUAAGAGCUUGAUCGACCGAGGAUCGAUUUAAGCUUCUUUAGUUAUUGAUUGGAUACAAACAGGCGGCUUAAACCCCAACGCCAGCCCCAGAUGUACCCCUUGUGAAUGAGCGCCGUUCCCAGCCUACCCAUCUCUGCAUGUGGCUGAUCUUCCGGCAACUGCAUUCCAGUGGUGUUCGGCAGUGCCUCUCUCUCUGUGAAUAUUUCCCCCCUCUUUUUGGAAGUGAUCUUUCACUGGAAGGCUGGGUGUGCUGCGGUGACGUUGUUUGUUCGUGGGGGUAGUGCGUGGGUUGGAUUGCUGGGGGUGGUUGGUUGGGGUGGAGGCGGACUGCCUGGGCUCUCAGCUUCACUCAUUCUCUCUCUCUCGCUCUCUCUCGUCUUCUCAUCUCGGUGCCAACGUGAGUAACAUCAGCAGCGAACAAGGGCGAGCCGAGCCGAGCGCCGCGCCCGCCACCUUGCCCCAUCACAGCAACCCGGGCUAGUGGAAGCGCCUUAAAUCCCUCCCAAGAUCUGAUGGUCCACGAGAGAGAGAGAAAAUACUCUUCAAAACUUCCACAUCCCAACGGUACGGAAGGGAUUUUCGCCAGCGGACGAGGGAUGUGAUCCAAUGCCAACCCCCAUCCUGAUAUUCUUUUAUAAAAACAAAAGACUUUUGUUCUCUUCCCUGCCUUGGGUAGAGGUUGCCCGGUUUGCCGCAGUGGAUAGUGCAUCUGUUUGAUUUAUACUCCGUGUGUAUCUAUUGAAAUAGAUAUCUCCAGCCCGUUUGUUUCCUGGGCGGAUUGAAAGCGAUGCUUGUGGCGAGCCCAUGGCUCUCGGGCAUGCGGGAGCUGGCCGUUAGCGGAGGGAUCGGGCAGCAGGGCAGGAGGAGCUAGUUUCUGCCCGGGGAGAGAUCGCAGGAGAGAGGUGAGGAGCGAGAAGACAGCGGCGAGGCGAUGCAGCACCUUCUGCUCUUCCUCGUGUAUAUGGACCCACUUAACCUGCUGCUGUGCGCAGCGAGGACCCGCAACAGGACGCUGGCCUCUUCCCGGCGUCAAGGGGGUUACUCUUCCAAGGUGCAACAGAUCAACACCACGGUGGUGGUGCCCGUUCUGCAGAUCAGCAGGAUGAAGCCGCUGGUGCUACAACACACGGAGAAAUGCCGGGGUCACUACGACGUGGCCGGCCAGUGGGACCCCGAUUUUGAGUGCAACAGGACUUCCUACAAUUACUGCUGCGGAACCUGCUACAUGCGCUACUGCUGCCAAGACAAGAACUACCGCCUGGAGCAAAACAGCUGCAAAAACUACGUGACUCCCAAAGUGGAGAUUCAAGUCACCACCGACCCGGAUCGGAACGAUCUGGAGAACGUGUACGACCCCAGCAAAGACAAGACUAACAGCACGGUCUACAUCAGCUGCGGCGUGGUCGCCUUUGUAAUUAUAGCUGGUGUCUUCGCCAAAGUUGCCUACGACAAAGCGACUCGACCUCCUCGUGAAAUGAACGUUUCCAGGGCCCUGGCGGACAUUUUACGAAACCAGGGACCAAUCCCAGUACCACACUUCGAGAGGGAGAACAUGACAGCAAUAGAUGGAUCGCCCAAGGAUAGUUCACCUGUUCGAACCACCAAAAACCAUUUCACGCCAGUUCGAACAUCCAAGGGCAACCAUGGGCUCUACGGGAAGGAUUCAGGCACCAGCCAUGGCUAUCGCAGCGGAGGACCUGACCUGCACAACUUCAUCUCUUCAGGAUUUGUGACACUAGGGCGAGGACAUCUCAAGGACUGUUUCCGAGAUCCUUUCCAAUAUUCCAAACCAACAAGCCAUAAGGAAAAAAUUGCAUAUCUGGACUGGGAGGCCAAAAACGAUCAGAGGUUUCCCCAAAGAUACAGAGAACUUGGAACCCUUGGUAACCAUCACCAUAACUACAAUCACUUGGGAUUGAUCAGUCCCACUCAGACCCCCACCAAUGAAAAGCCUCGGAUGAACAGCAUCCUUACAUCUGCGACUGAGCCAUAUGACCUGUCUUUCUCAAGGUCCUACCAGAGCCUGUCACACCUUCCACCAUCUUACGAGACUGCAGUCAAAUCUGACAUAAGCAAGUAUUCUUCACUAAAACGAUUAAGUGAGAAGGAGAUGGACGAAUACUACAUGAAGAGAAGGCAUCUUCCAGACUUGGCAGCAAGAGGGACUCUGCCUCUCCAUGUUAUCAAAAUGAAUCAGGAACACAGUAACCAUAGAGAGAGGCCUAGACGGCCAAUACGGGCCAUGUCACAGGACAGGGUCCUGUCUCCAGAGAGAGACCUGCCUCAAGAAUGUAUCAUGUCUUAUGAGCGCAUCCUGUCUGAUGAACAACUCUUGUCAGCUGACCGCCUCCAGUCCCAGGACCCUCUGCUCUCUCCGGACAAAGUCAUGUCCCUCAAACGCACCGCAUUCCACGAGAGGGCCAUGUCCAGGGCCCUGUCUCAAUCCCACACAGAUAUCUUUGUAUCCACACCCAUCUUAGAUCGUUAUAAGAUGACAAAAAUGCACUCACAUCCCAGUGCCUCAAACUCUUCGUCCAAUACCUUAAGUACAAAUCAGACGAAUCACACUGCUGCUAAGCGACAUGCCUUUGCUUCUCGUCGACACAACACGGUGGAGCAGCUCCACUAUAUCCCUGGACAUCAUCGUAACUACCAUACAGCCAGCAAAACAGAAGUAACUGUUUGAUGGUAAAAAGCCCAUCGCCGAUUCUACAAUAACAAGAGUGUGGAUGGGUUUGCCAGUUAGCCAAAGGACAAUGGCUCUGUCAGACUACACUAACUAACCGCACUCUAAUUUCUGAUAUGUUAUUUAGGCAAGUGUAUUUGUAUCUAAACAAAAUGGCAUACUAUACAAGGCUUCAGUCUUUUCAGAGAAACUUACCAUCAAUUCCUUGUUUUAUUCAAGGUUUUCAUUUUAGUUGGUACAUUAGCACAACAGAGGGCGGUGAACCAACCAGGUCACCUGACAGUUUCUAUCAAAGGAAGCCAUUUGGUAUGGUCAUCACUUGAAUGAGCUUAGAGCAACAAAAUCAAGGGUUGAAUUUCUAGCCAACUACACUAUUGCUACUAUUCGGAAAUUGAAAUUAUUUGUGUUGGAAGGGACGGAUAAUUAAUUUGGUAAUUAGAAUUUUUGGGUUAAUUCAACAAAAGUAAAGGAUACCAUAUCAUCCCGAAUAGUGUGUUUUAAAAAAAGUCCAUCUUCUAAGCAUGUACAGUAAAAUUCAAUUAGACCACGCAUAGGCAACCAAUUCAUAACAUAAAUGAGGGGCAGAGCUGGCUUUUCUUCCAUGCUUUAAUUUUUGCCCCUUGGAAUGGUUGCUUAGAAUUCCAGGCCUAGGGUUGGUGAAAUAGCUUCAUUAUAGAGAGAAUACAAAUUGCACCAUUGAGCAUAUCUCUGCCACUUCCGAUAAGUGUAACGAGUUAUAUGUUUUUUUUCCUCUCUCAAUGGUACGAGUUUUUAUACGGAGUGUACGAAUUCCCAAGAAAUCUGCAGCACUUACAAGAUAAUAAGUUUAUUUCAAGAGCAUGGGACUCUGUAAAUGGAUCUUUCAACCUGGGACGAUACUACUUGCCGAACUUAGUUUUUUAAAUCUCAUGCAUUAUUCGCAAGUUUGCUUCUGACACAUGAAAUGCCACGCAGAUAGGCGUUGAAGUCACUAAUCAUGCCAAAGAGCCAAGCUUAGUGAUGGUUUGAAGUGAACCCGACAAAGAUUAAUCAUUUGUUUAUGUUAAUCACCGAGUGGUGGUAGCCAAGAGCUUUCAGGCAUGCAGACGUUAAAGUUUUAGCAAACCAUAGAGGGUGGAGGAAACAGAGUUUAUCCAUUUGUAAUGUCAUGAAUGCCAAGUUGCAUUGUUUCCUUGUAUUCUGCCAUGUGCUGGAAGAGGAGAUUAGCGGGAAACUUGGCAUUGUGUGUGGCAUGGACAUUGUGGGCCAAGGGGCCUGUUCCUGUGCUGUCGUGUUCCAUGUUCCAUGUUCUAUCUUUCCCAUCCUGCUUUGCUUAUAUUUGUGUACUUUUUUGUUCAGAGUAUUUAUUCUUCUGUGAAACAUUGGUUAUUCAUGUUUAGAACGCAACCCCAUGCAUUCAUCGUCCUUCAGUUUUCUGACACGUUCUCCUCCUCAUUUCCUGCUCACUUUGCUUCCCCUAGAGUACUAGUGAAGCUGCGAAUGGUCCAGGUUGGCCAGGCACCUGUACACUCAACUGUACAUGCAGUGCAGUGGUGAGCACACAGGCACAAUCUAAUGGUGGAAUUCAGAAUAAUUAGAAACAUAUAUAGAGCGCACAGGACUCUUGGGGUCGAUCUGAAAAUUGAUAUCCCCCACAGAUUAGCAUGUUACGUAUUCAGAUCUGCCGUUCACAAAAGUGGUGGAGCCUCUGGAUCUGUAAAACAAAGUAUGUGUUGAAAAUUGUGAUUUGCAAGUUUGAAGCUAUAUUUAAAUAUUGGACAAGUGCUGGCCUGCUGAGGCAUGUAUUGUAUAGUGUGGAAUGAUUUUUAAGUCAUUGAAUGGCUUGUGGUGACAUUACAUACAAGUGGAAGAGAUCCUAUAGUGUAGCAGUGGUGUGAUCUUCUGUGUUAUAUAGGUGGCCUAGAAAUGUACUUGGGAUUUUUUUGUGCAACGUAGGCCAUUACGUAAUAAUUACCUAGUUAGAUAUGGAUUUUAUCUUUUCCUAAAAAGCGAAUCCAUCACUAGUAAGAAAUAUGAUUAGAUGAUUAUGUGAAACCAAAUGUUAUUUUAACUAUCUGGCUACCUUCAGAUCAUUUUAGGCUCACACACAUCUCUCAUCAUAAUUCCUUUGUAUUGUGUAUGAAGUUAUAAAAUAUCCGCAACAUUACGCACUGCCCAGCAAUAUCAGUGAGAUGCCACCUCAUUGCAAUGCAACCAAAUAAGGGAUGUGAAGGAAAAUUUGCAUUUGUUUUAAAAGUAAAGGGAGAAUAGCUUGCAUUGUAAACAGUGGGGUGCGAUCAAAGUCUCGUAAGUCUUGUUACAGACAUUUGAACACUUAUAUGCCGUGGUCCUCGUUCAAAUCUUGGUUUUUACUACUAUUUAGAAUUACAUCUCUUGUGGAUUUAGACAGGUUAGAAAAUAAAGUUGCUGGCAUAUUUGAUUAAUGCAUCUUGAAAGACAGGAGGAUAAAAUUAAGUAAUUAAAGAAGGUAAUUGUCCAAAUGCCAAGCCAUGUUGCGACAGAGAUACAGACAUUCAUCGUCUAGGCUUGCUGACUCAAUGACUUUGUUUUAGUCACCAAUAAAGUGGAGAGAGUGCAAUGAAAGGAAGAGUUAUUUAUUUUACUCAACAUAUUUCCCUCUUUUGUUGAUGCUGCUCCAUGGACCAAGUGACUUUUCUUUCUGACACUUUAAUUCUUGCAGGUGUAAUUAGUCUUGAGGCUGAGUGUGAGGAGCGUUUUGCUUAUGGUAUCAAGAUAUCGGUCAACUUCUAUGUUCGAGUCAUUGCAGUGAAAUGGAAGACGAAGCAUAAAAGCAGCCUAAAAGAAAAGGCCAAAGGUGACAGAGCAAUCAGUGUGCACAUUGGUACCUGUGUCAUCGUGAUUAUGCCCCUUACAGAUCAUGCCAGUCACAAAGCAUAGGAAAGCAAGGGCAAACUAUCAAUCAGUGGCUAGCUCAUCCACAGUAUCAGGAAGAAGAAAAUUGCAAUGUACAUAGCAAAGGCCAAAGUGGGGGAAUAUUCAAAGUUGGAAGAAGAUUUGUAGUUUUUAAAGGAUCUAAUACACUACUGUUAUACAUUGUAUAUUAUCUGUAAAUAACACAGUGACACCAACUAAAUAAAAUUGAUGCUUUCAAGCUAAUGUACAUUUUAUUGAUUAAAGCACAACAAAAAGUUACAACUUACUAUUUAGAAGAUGGUGUUGUUGUCUAUCGAUGAUAUUGAAGUGUCGCAGGUCUUAAAUGAAAGUGUUAAAAGGGUAUUUAGGUUGUUACAGAGUAAAGUAUGGAAUUUACAGAGAGGUUAUUAUAGGCAGGUGCCCUUGAGAAAUAGCAUUCCAAACACCAAUCUGUGAUAAAUUUAGCAUGAGAUGCAGAUAGAGUAAUCAUUUGACUAAUUCCCAAAUAAUGGAGUAAUCCAAACCCACAGUUGAUUUAAAAAUUGAAUAAUUGUAUUGUAAUUAGUUGGGAUCUGCAACCAUUGUAAAUCAGAUUCUCGGAUAGCUUCUUGCCAGCAACGCUGCUAGUGUCAGCAAAAGUGACUCCCUGUUGAUGUGGCAAGGGUAAACCUGCUUCUCCCAAACACUAACAAAUAAAACAAACUGGCACCAGUUGGAUGUCUCAGCCCAUGAGUAGCUACCCUUGACAAUCACCAAAGCUGCAACAGUCUACGGUGAGAAUAACAUCCAUCUUUCAAUGUUAUUGCUCCUUUUGGAUGACAACCACCUUUUAAAUGUUUAUUAUCCGUCCCGUCUUACAGAGAUAAUUGCAGCAUCGAUCAUGACUAGAAUCAGGGUUCCUACCAGUUAGAGAAUGUUGCAUUUGGAAUGCCUCCAAUUUGGCGACAAAACUAACUCAGCUUCACAACCCAACAUUUAUUAUUUUAAAAGUUCUCUUCACUAAGACAUUCACACUAUAGUCCUUUCUUUUUCUUGUUCUUCCAGGACCCCUGUCUUAUUUAUUGCUUAUUCAUUGUUACGUGUACCUGAGCUCACCAGAUCGUGGUGGGACCACAGUUGCCCUGAGGAACUGCACUCAUUCAGUUCCAAUGGAUUGUUUCCUUCUCAUUUUCAGUUUAGUCUCGUGCUUAAUACCAUGGCCAAGAUUGCCUGGUUACAAGUCUGGGAGAGGAAGCUCCGAGGGUCAGAUGGGUGCAAGAAAAUGUGACCUAAAUAAAAGACGGCAGAUCUGCUCAAGGUAAAUUCACCGAGUGGACUGAUUCCACCAACGGAGCAGGAAAGCAAAGAUCUGAACUCAUUAUUGAAAGAAUUUCACACAGUGAUCAAAUGAUACCAAUCUGUAAGCUAUGACUUGAUUCAAAAGAAGCAUUGUGGAAUGAACUGCAGAGGCGGAGUGCAACCUGCUGGCACGACAAUACUGCAGACUUGCAUGACUGAUCAGAGAUUAAUUUUUAAACAGAAGUGCUGAACAUUGUAAAUGGCAGUGCAGUCUAAAGGAAAAGCAUGUAGGAAGAGGAACAUGUGGCAGAAAAUUCAAUAUGAUCUCACCACACAUAUCCAGGCAGUCAACAGUUCGACAUCUGAAUGUUACCAACCAGCACCUAACACACAGGGAUCAUGAAAGAUAAAGCAAGUCGACACUGGAACAUUAACAUAUGCAGCAUAUCCUCCAUUUACACUGCAAUGAUCAGUCUCUAAACAGGAGCGGCAGUGAAAGCAAAGUGCAAUGGGCUUUAUCUCAUGGACACAGAAUUGGUUGGCAGACAGGAAACAAAGAGUAGGAAUAAAUGGGUCCCUGUCAGAAUGGCACGCAGUGGCGAGUGGAGUGCUGCAAGGCUCGGUGCUGAGGCCGCAACUAUUUACAAUAUUUAUUAAUGAUUUAGAUGAUGGGAUUAAAAGUAACACGAGCAAAUUUGCAGGUGACACAAAGCAAUGUGAACUGCGAAGACGAUGUUAGGAGGUUGUAGGGUGACCUGGACAGGUUGAGUGAGUGGGCAGAUGCAGGGCAGAUGCAGUAUAAUGAAGAUAAAUGUGUGGUUAUCCACUUUGGUGGCAAGAACAAGGAGGCAGAUUAUUAUCUCAAUGGUGUCAGAUUAGGAAAAAAGGAAGUGCACCGAGACCUGGGGGUCCGUGUUGAUCAGUCACUGAAAGUAAACAUGCAGGUACAGCAGGCAGUGAAGAUAGCUAAUGGCAUGUUGGCCUUCAUAACGAAAGGAUUUGAGUAUAAGAGUUAAGAGGUCCUUCCGCAGUUGUACAGGGCCCUUGUGAGACCACAUCUGGAGUUUUGUGUGCAGUUUUGGUCUCCUAAUUUGAGGAAGGACAUCCUUGGUAUUGAGGCAGUGCAUCGUAGGUUCACCAGGUUAAUCCCAGGGAAGGCGGGACUGUCAUAUGAGGUAAGAUUGGAAAGACUGGGCUUGUAUUCACUGGAAUUUAGGAGGAUGAGAGGAGUUUUUAUAGAGACUUCUAAAAUUAUAAAUGGAACGGACAAGCUAGAUGCAGGAAAAAUGUUCCCAAUGUUGAGGGAGUCUAGAACCAGGGGCCACAGUCUAAGAAUAAAGGGGCGGCCAUUUAAAUUUGUGGAAUUCUCUGUCAUAGAGGGCAUUGGAGGCCAAAUCACUGGAUGGAUUUAAGAGUUAGAUAGAGCUCUAGGGGCUAGUGGAGUCCAGGGAUAUGGGGAGAAGGCAUAUUACUGAUUGUGGAUGAUCAGCCAUGAUCACAAUGAAUGGCGGUGCAGGCUUGAAGUUCAAAUGGCCUCGUCCUGCACCUAUUUUCUAUGUUUCUUUGUUUCUAUGAGAAGUUUGUGUGUGACUAUGGGCUGGCCGCUGUGGUCGGCGUGGUAACUGGGAUGCUGUGG